AGGUGGCAGCAGAGCAGUCAAAGAGUUUCUAAAGUUCGAGGAAGAAGACGUUGUUUACAUCCCUCAGACUUCCGGGUUGUCAUGUUUGAGCUGUGGUCAUUCAUUGCUGCUAAAUAGCAUGAAUUUGUUUGUCUACUGAUGGAGACGCUACUAUCUAAACUCCCCGACAAACAUGUCCUCUUCCCGGCCUCCUUUGCUCUCCGACUGGCUUUGGUGGCUUAUGGAGACUACCAGGACAAAACUAUGGCGGUGAAGUACACGGAUAUAGACUACCAUGUGUUCACAGAUGCUGCCAGGUUCAUCACACAGGGCGAGUCUCCGUACAAUAGGUCGACCUACCGCUACACACCUCUGCUGGCCUGGCUUCUCACCCCGAACAUCUACGUCGGCAUGGUGUUCGGAAAGAUCCUCUUCAUUUUAUGUGACGUGCUGUCAGGACUGCUCAUCUACAGAACUCUGUGUUUGAGAGGUCUAGACUGCAAGACCGCAACCUCUGUGUGUUCUCUUUGGCUUCUUAACCCUCUGCCGAUGGGAGUGUCGAGUCGGGGGAACGCUGAAUCCAUCCUGGCAGCUCUAGUGCUCGGGACUUUGCUUUGUAUGGAAGCCAGGCACCUGGUGUGGGCAGCCGUGCUCUAUGGCCUAUCGGUUCAUAUGAAGAUCUAUCCCAUAACGUAUGUCCUACCCAUUGCUCUGACCCUGAGAGCGCCGGAGGAGGGCUCAGCGGAAGGCAAGCCGACGCGGAUGUGGAAGAAGUGCAUUUUAUUUCUCGGACGUUUCCUGAGCCGCGACCUGAUCCUCUUCGGAAUUGUUGCCGGGGGAGUUUUCUCCGUGUUCACGGCACUCUUCUGUUACAUGUAUGGUUGGCCGUUUCUUCAUGAGACGUACUUGUACCACUUGACAAGAAGGGACAUCAAGCACAACUUUUCCCCGUACUUCUACAUGCUUUACCUUACUGCAGACAGCAGGGGGAGCCAGUGGCUCGGCCUGGCAGCCUUUCUGCCGCAGCUCGUCCUGCUGUUGGUGGCAUCCUGGAGCUUUCACCAUGACCUGGCCUUUGCCUGUUUCCUCAAUACAGCCAUCUUCGUCUCCUUCAACAAAGUGUGCACUUCACAGUACUUCCUGUGGUACCUGUGCUUGCUGCCUCUGGUCAUCCCACAGCUGACUCUGUCAGUGAAACAGGGUCUGGGUCUGCUGCUGCUCUGGUUUGCCGGACAGGCUCUCUGGUUGGCCCCUGCCUACUUUCUGGAGUUUGAUGGCCUCAACACUUUUGCCCUGGUCUGGCUCGCCGGAUUGGUGUUCUUGGUCGUCAACUGUUUCAUCUUGAUUCAAAUCAUAACACAUUAUAAACCCAAACCCCCUUCACUGAGACCGAAGGCCGAGUGACACUGGGUUGAAACAGGAACAUUUGCACUGCAAAAACACAAAACCUUACCAAGUAUUUUUGGUUCGGUUUCUAGUGGAAAUAUCUUGGUACACCUGAAAUAUUUUGAUAGUAUUAUGACUUUAUUCGUGAUUUUUUCUAGUAUACCCUGAUACUCUGUCAUCUAUGUACUGUAGAAACUAGACCAAAAAUACUUGGUAAAAUUGUAUUUUUUUUUUUUUUUUUUUUGCACAUAUUAAACUUUCCAACCAGGACUCAAGCAGAGGUCAGAUAUCAAAGCUUUACUGUACCAUGUUAUGCAAAAACACAAACAAAGAAAACAUGAAUUUGUUGGAGAAAUAGUUUGGUUGCUUUUAAAUGUUUAGUUCUUUUAUUUUUUUUUUAUUCUAACUUGUUUAGACAGGGAAAUACAGUGUCUAAACCUGUCUUUCUUUUAAAGUGUAAGGACGCACCAGUAAAAAACAUUUGUAUUUUGCUCA